UUGUCUAGAGCCAUGAUGACCACAGUAGUGAGGAGUGAGGUGAUCCUCACAGUCUACUUCGUGACCUUUCUGAUAGGCCUACCUGCAAACGUCCUGGCACUGUAUGCCUUCAGCGUCAAGAUCCACACCAAGCCAGUGCCAACUGACAUUCUGCUACUCAAUCUGACCGUCUCAGACCUUCUGUUCUUGAUCUUCCUUCCUUUGAAGAUGCACGAGGCUGUGUCUCAGAUGCAGUGGGACUUGCCACACUUCCUGUGCUCCAUCACCUCCUUCAUCUUCUUCUCUACGAUCUACACCAGCUCCUUGCUCCUGAUGGCAGUUAGCGUGGUGCGCUACAUAGGCAUUGCAUUCCCAGUCUCCUACCAUCAGCUGCAAAAGCCUGCAUACCCUAUAGUGGCCAGUGUUGUCAUCUGGAUAAUCUCUGCAGUGCACUGCAGCGCUAUUUUCGCCACCCAACACCACCCGGCUCUAUCCGGACAAAACUCCACUGUGUGCUACCAGAAAUUUACGCCUGGGCAAUUGAAGAUCCUCCUCCCGAUGCGUUUGGAGAUUUUUGUAGUCCUCUGUGUUGUGCCUCUUCUCGUCUGUGUUUUCUGCUACCUGCGCAGCAUCUCAAUCCUCUACAGCCGCCCCCUGAUAUCUAUGGCACAGAAGCGAAAGGCCAUCGGCAUGGCCCUGGGGACUCUAGCUGUGUUCCUGGUUUGUGUGCUGCCGUUUAACAUCUCUCAUUUGGUGGGCUUCAUCGAGGGUGACAGCCCAACAUGGAGGCACUACGUCUUGCUGCUGAGCACCUUCAACACCUGUCUUGACCCCAUCAUUUUCUACUUCUCCUCCUCCGUGUUCCACUUGACCAGUAAAAAGUCAGUUUUCAAGAUGUGCGGACUGAACAUGCUGACAUUGCAAAGACGUGCCGCAAGCAAUAGUGAGGAGUAA